UUCCUGCUGUACGUGAUGAUCGCGCACGACCUGGUGUGCGGCUUGAUGCAACACCGCAGACAGAGCGCCAGACCCAGAAAACCCGCAGCUGGACCUUUGUUGCGCUCAAGAACCCGGGCGGGUCAGGGGGUUCUGAGGACGACUAGCCGAGGAGGGAGAGACCCGAGGAAGACCGGACGGAUCGUGAGGAAAGCGUAACAAAGACAAAAGCUAAUCUGACGGAAACUGAACGUCCAGCAGCUUCUGUGCUCUAAUUGUGUUCAGUGAGCUGCGAGACUCUCAGCUCAGCAAACAGCAGUCGCUCAGCAUCAGCAGAAGGCCUCACAGGAAACCAUGGCGACGGUAUCCAGCAGCUCGCUGCUCAACAAGGCGGUCCGGCAGCAGUACAUGAACCUGCCUCAGGGCGGGAAGUGCCAGGUCACCUACAUCUGGGUGGACGGCACCGGAGAGGGGCUGCGCAACAAGACCAGGACCCUGGACUCAGAACCAACCAGCAUCGAAGAAAUCCCAGAGUGGAACUUCGACGGGUCGAGCACCUACCAGUCCGAAGGCUCCAACAGCGACAUGUACCUCAUCCCAGUCCGCAUGUUCAGGGAUCCCUUCACCCUUGACCCCAAUAAACUCGUCCUCUGUGAGGUCCUCAAAUACAACCGCCUUCCUGCCGAAACCAACCAUCGCCACAGCUGCAACCGAGUGAUGCAGCAGGUGAAGGAGCACUACUUGUGGUUCGGCAUGGAGCAGGAAUACACCCUGCUGGGGACCGAUGGACAUCCGUUCAGCUGGCCUUCAAACGGAUUCCCAGCACCACAAGGCCCGUAUUACUGCAGCGUCGGAGCGAACCACGCGUACGGACGGGACGUCGUGGAGUGUCACUACAAAGCCUGCCUCUACGCCGGCGUCCAGAUCUGCGGCACCAACGCUGAAGUCAUGCCGUCUCAGUGGGAGUUCCAGGUGGGUCCCUGUGAAGGCAUUGAGAUGGGCGACCAUCUUUGGGUGGCGCGCUUCCUGCUGCAUCGUGUGUGUGAAGACUUCGGGAUCAUCGCCACCCUCGACCCCAAACCGAUAACAGGCAACUGGAACGGCGCUGGCUGCCACACCAAUGUCAGCACCCAGCAGAUGAGGGAAGAAGAAGGACUGCAGUACAUUGAGAAGGCCAUUAGCAAGCUGAGCAAAACGCACAAGCAGCACAUCGCGGUGUACGACCCGCACGGCGGAAAGGACAACAUGCGGCGCCUCACGGGUCUGCACGAAACCUCCAGCAUCAACGACUUCUCCGCCGGCGUCGCCAACCGCGGCGCCAGCAUCCGCAUCCCGCGGCAGGUGGGCAAGGACAAGCGGGGCUACUUCGAGGACCGCCGUCCUGCAGCGAACUGCGACCCCUACGCAGUUACCAUGGCGAUCGCUCAAACCUGCUUCCUCGAUCCAACGGAAGAAGAGAGCAAGAAGGAGGAGUCAGCUUAGGCUGUGUUCAGACAGCAGAGUGAAGUGACACAAAUAUGAUUGUUUUUUGACUUACAGGUGUUCAAAGUGCGGUCCGUGGGCCAUUUAUGGCCCCUGGACUGGUUUUGUGCGGCCCCAAUCGGCAUUUAAAAGAUUAUACAAAUUUGGCUGAUAGAUGCAGACGGAGACUUUUAAUUUGUAAUGAGGGUAAAAUGAUUAAGGAUGUAAUUUUAUACAAUGGAGAAUGAAAAGUAAAACACAAAGUGUUUCUGUUUUAUAACAAACCAUGUUUGCCUACAGCCUUUUACUGAAAAGGCAACCAAAUUAGCUUUAAUUUAAUUUAGGAAUGCACGAUACAUCGACAUCAGUAUCAGCCGAUAUCCGUCAUUUUUUUAACAUAUUGAUAUCGGUCUGAUUAAUAAACAACCAAUAUUUAUUUUGAUCUGUUUCUGGUUGGGAGUUUUUUUCCAAAGGUGUCGGAACAGAAGUGAAAUGUAUAUUAUAUCGGUUAUCAAUAUUAAAAGAAAUAUUGAUAUCGGAUAUCUAUAUCGGCCCAAGCUUUUGUAUCGGUGCAUUCCUAAUUUAAUUCGUUAAACUUGACGAAAUAUAGCAAAUGUUUUGAAAAAUAAAUCACCCAAAUCUUGUUCUUAUUACUGAAAAUACAUUUGUUCAAUCUAGCCAAAACGAAACGGGAAAUUAGAUGCUUUUCUUUAAAUACAGCAAACAUAAAAAAUCUACAAUGGCGCAUUAGAAAAAAAGGAAAAAACUUUGAAAUUUUGAGAGUAAUCUGAGAAAUUUUCUCCCAAAAACUUGGAAAUAUUGAAGUUCUCAAACUCGGAUUCAAAAAAGUUGAAAGCUUUUGACAUUUUUUUUCUAGAAAAUUUAUGAGCCAUCUCAAAAUUAGAUUUUUUUUGUAAUUUGUAGCUAAUUUUACACUUUUGAAAUUCAGAAAAUAUCCAAAAGUUUGAGAUUUCUAGGAAAUUUCUGAGAUUAAUCUCAAAAUCUAUGAACAAUUUUGUCUAACAAAUUUGCAACUUUUCCUCCGUUUUUUCCAGAAUGUUUAUGAAAAUUUACUCCCUUUAUUUGUCUGUUUUUUAAAAUACAACGGCUCUAAUACGCCAUCGUAAAAAUUUCUUUCUAGUUUUGGAUCUAUAAUAAAUAUCCAUUUUGAAAAAAACCCUAAAAAAUCUGACUAUUUUCCAUCCAUCCAUUUUCUUCGGGUCGCCAGGGGCAACAGCUAUAGGUUUUAUUUGCUUAAUUUUAGGUUGUUGGGUUUUAUCUUAAAAAACAACGACUUUUUUUAAAAUCAGGCUUUUAAUGUUGAUCUAUCACAUAAAAUCCCAUUAAAAUGAAUGAAAUUUUAUUUUAAUGAUAAAAUCUGAAAAAAACUUAAAGCUUCGAAUGCAUUUAGAAAAUUCUGUCAGCCAAAACGAUACAAACACUAAACAUGUUUAACCUGACCCCAAAUAGACAAAAACAGUGAAAAAGAGGCAUGAAAUGAAAAUAAAAUAAUAACAAAUUUCAUCCAAACGCAUUGAAAAAACUUGAUGGUGGCAAAAAUGCACAAAAAUCUAACAGAGUCUAAUAAUAAUUAGAAGAAGAAAAAGAAAACAAACGCAGCAGGAAAACGUGGAGCAUGAAAAUAACUGAAACCGAUGCAAAUGAUUCAUAAAGAGGAUCUGAAAACAAAGAUGCAAACCAAAUGAGCAUGGAAAGUGGAUUUGAAUGGACACAAUGAGAAACAGAUGAGAAAGAGUAGAAAUGUAAACAGAAUUAGAUUUAUUGUUUUAGUGUCUCUUCCUGUAAGCAGCCAUUUUUGUUUUAAAUGUCAACGGUAAUCAUAGAAGAAGAGCUCGAAUUAGAUGUUUGUGUUUGUAUUGUCACAAAAUAUGUGUUCGUAUGUUAAACUUUACGUUUUCCUGUCUGAAGUGGGUUAAAAGUGAAUUGGUUAUUAUUUUGUUUCUUCGUCUCUGUACAAAACAAAUAAGAAUCCAUUAAAAGUUUGGCUAAA